GCCGCAGUAACGAGCUUCGCGCUAAUAUCGCCGGUCGACCUGUUCAAUAGUCUCUCCGGUUGCGUUUACCAAUUAACAUUGUUAUUGUUAUUUAUUUAUUUAUUUAUUUUUAAUUUUACAUUUUUGUUUUUAAACAAAAACACAACACGAAAUAAAUCGACGACGACGCGAGUUCGAAAAUGAUGAUACUACGUUACAAUAAAUUCGUUCGAUUCGUGUCCGUGCCGCUCGUAUAGUUGCAAUCAUUGAAAAAUCGUAGUUUUGAUAAAUAAAAACAAAAUGACGUCCAACGCGUCAUCUUGAACAGCCCAUUAUUUUUAGCUUGACAAAAUGGUGAAACGUAUCAGUAAACAUCACUACGUGGCUACACCCGGUAGCAGCAAACACCACCACAGAUCAUCGGAAACGUUACCGUACGUGCACAGAGGAUAUUCUACCGAUGGCGAAGACAGCCAAAGAACUCUGUCCGAGUACACGAUCGCUACGGACAGGCCGUCAUCUCGCGGUCACCGGACGCCGCCCAGGUCGAAGCGGUCCAGAAGUCUGGAGAGGCCGUCCAGCAGCUCGCGAGCCAGGUCGGCGGCCAGCCACCAUGAUUCAGACGUUUACGUGACCAGCGCCGCGUACAGGCCACCGUCAGAAAUGAGUCGAGGAUCUCAUUACACCAGCAGGAGCAACCGGAGCAGAGGGCCGGCUCCUAGCCAUUACUCGUACCGGAGCAACGGUCUCGCCCCCUCGGAAGUGUCGACAGUCAAGUCCAAAAUCACGCGCAAACCGGGCGUCACCAUUGAGACCAUGUCGGCGCCAAAUCCGUUUUGUCCAAACACCAAGGGUAUGUGCUGCCUUAUGCUGCUGCUCAACCUGGGACUCAUAUUGGUCACGUUGGGUUUCGUCAUCGUCAUACAAUUUUUUGAGCCCAUGUUCGUGUGGGUAUUGGGCAUAAUAUUCCUCAUUUUCGGCUUCUUGACGCUCAUGGGCAGUCUGAUCUACUGCGUGACGGUGUGCAGGGACGCCAAGACGCCCAAGGAGGUGGCCAUGCAAAAUCACUAUUGGACGCAUCACUGGCAGAAGAGCUUCGGCGCCACGCCCGAAAUACAUUACAAGACGGAGAAGUAUCCGCCGCAAGCCGUGCACCACUCGGACCACGACGAGUACAGCGAUCGAUUUUCAAUCGGCAAACAAUCCGACAGGCACAUGCACGGACACAGAUACUAAUCGCUUUAUCGACCACAUAAUAAGUGUACAUAAAUUUUGUAAUGUUUUUUUUUUCUUUAUACCUAGUAAACUGCUGUAAAUAUUUUAAUACGGUUAAUUUUGUCCGACCAAUUUAACACAAUAUAUAGUGGUCAAUUUUAAUCUGA